UAUGCGCGAAUUAUUGAAUACCAUUUCUAAGGGAAAAAAGCCUAUCUAUCCACCUGUAAAUAAAUUUAUUGCUCCACCUGUUCUUGAGGACGAUACAAAAUGUAAGGCAAUGGAUGGAGAUGAUGAGCCACUUUGGAUUUUAAUGAUUAUUAAGUCAAAGAUUGAUAACUUUGACAUACGUAAAGCAAUUCGAAGUACUUGGGGUGAUGAAUAUCAAUUUGCCGUUUUGCCCAUGAGAAGAAUUUUUGUUCUGGGUAUACGAACACGAGAUCUCCAAUUGCAAAGGGAAAUAGGAAUAGAAUCAAGUCAAUACGGGGAUAUUGUUCAGUAUUAUUUCGAAGAUCACUACUUUAAUAAUACAUAUAAAGUAAUGGCAGGACUAAAGUGGGCUAGGACGAAUUGCAGAGGUCCACAGUAUAUUAUGAUGGUUGAUGAUGACUUUUAUGUAAAUACACAUAAACUUAGAGACUUUUUAGAUAAACCUCUAGGAGGUGUUAUUGCAGCAUAUGUAAACAACAACUCCAUACCCAUAAGGCAAUGGUCUUCAAAAUGGUAUAUCUCUCUAGAAGAAUAUCCAUAUAGAUUUUGGCCAGCCCACCCUAAUGGGGGAUUCAUUCUUAUGGAAUACAAAACUAGCUAUGACUUGCUUACUGUUUUGGAGUACUUGAAAUACUUGAGAUUUGAUGAUGUGCUAAUAGGCAUUGCAGCUCUUAAAAUGAAUGUUCAGCUAAAACACAAUGAUAAAAUCAUUCCUGAUCCAAUAAAAUAUGAGGAUGAAAAAUUUUUUCAAGCUUUAGCUGUUCAUGGUGUUAAAUCAGCUAAAGUUCUUACAGAAAUCUGGAAGAGGCAAAUCUCCUAUAGAAGACUAAAGUAA